AUGGAGGCUGCCGCCAAAGGCGCUUCCUUCAUCCUCAUCGGAACGAAGGAGCAGGCGCGCCCCAUCGUGGCAAAGCACGGUGAGGAAGCUGGCAUCCACUACACUGACAUGAAGUUCGUGGGCGGCUUGUUGAGCAACUUCCCCGUGGUUCGGAAAUCCGUCGAGCUCAUGCAGCAGCUUCGGGAAGAGAAGGAGCAGGGUGCCUGGAAUGUCUUCAACGAGUUCCAGCGCUUUAAGAAUACGUGCAAGCUGGAGCGACUUACGAAGAAGUACCAUGGUGUUGAGGAGAUGACCGGCUACCCGGACAUCUGCAUCUUCGUGGACGAGAUUAAAGAGCGAAACCCCAUCGCGGAGAUGGUGCGCAUCGGCGUGCCUUGCAUUGGCAUGGUCGAUUCUAACAACGAUCCAAAGUUUGUGGACAUUGCCAUCCCUUCGAACACUUCGAACACGAAGUCCAUUGACCUUGUCAUUGGCAAGAUUUGCGAGGCGAUCAAGAAGGGCAAGACGCUGGGUCAAGCGACGUCGCUUGGGGAGCGUGAGGAGUUCCCCAAGGAGUGGGAUCCCUGGAUCCUUAGCCGAGACCGCAUGCGAUGCCUUCGUCGCCGUUCAAAGCGACAGGGCUGGAUGAAGGGCAUGUACGGAAGCUACGAGAAUUGGAAGAAGUGCCACCCUUGGGGUGCUAUUCCGACCGUCGCACCGUUCCAUGACUUCAAGUGGAACGACAUCGAGGAUCGCCGCCCCGGCUGGGACCGUUUCUGA